AUGACGGCCACCGGGUUAAGUGAGACGACAGAUGGAAGGAGGAUAAAAGUGAUUGGUGGCGAUAACAUCGAGGCGAUUCUAGCAUCUCAUAAGCAGUCACCUUUCAAAAACUUAGAGUUCAUGCAGAACCAAGGCUUUCUUGUCAGCCUCUCAAACGAAAACGAGAUUCAGGUGUGGGACUUGGAUCUUAGGCAACCAGCAUCAAGCUUACAGUGGGAGUCAAACAUUACUGCGUUUGCAAUCCUUCAUGGCACUGGCUACAUGUAUGUUGGUGAUGAAUACGGUAUGGUGUCUGUUCUAAACUACUACAAUGCUGACCAAGGGAAAUUACUGCAGCUUCCUUAUUAUGUUCCAACUGAUGCUUUAGCUGAAGCAGCGGGGCUGUCAUCUCCUAUUGAUUAUCCGGUUGUUGGAAUUCUUUCUCAGCCUUGCUCAAGGGGAACUAGAUUGUUGAUUGCAUUUUCAAAUGGAUUGCUUUUUCUUUGGGAUGCAUCAGAAGAUCGUGUUGUGUUAGUACGAGGAAACAAAGAUCUACCUGUGGAGGGUAAAACAGUCGGUGAUUCUCUUGAAGCCUCAAAUGAUGAGUUUUCUGAUCUUGAACUUGAUGGAAAAGAGAUAAGUUCUUUGUGUUGGGCAUCAACUGAUGUUUCAGUUCUCGCUGUUGGCUAUGUAGAUGGGGAUAUAUUGUUUUGGGACUUUUCUGACGGGCAAAAGGGUAACCCAUCUAAUCACGUUGUUAAGUUACAGUUGUCUUCGGCUGAGAAAAGACUUCCUGUCAUUGUUAUACAUUGGUGUUUGGAUGUAUCUCGCAAGAGUAGUGGUGGAAAACUCUUCAUCUAUGGUGGUGAUAUCAUUGGAUCUGACGAAGUACUUACGAUCUGAUUCUGAUUUCAAGGAGUUCUGCUUGCAAGUGUUGUUUGACUGUAUAAGUAAGGAUAGAGCAGCUCUUUUGCAGGUUUAUUUAUCCAUGUAUACAAAACCAUUGGUUCAAUGGCUGAUCUGCUUGUCAAAAGCGAUGAUAGUAACGUGUGUGAUUCACUUUCCAUCUCAAGUCUCAAGGUUGCUCUAGCCUACAACCAACGAGGCGGUAUCAAGUGGAAGAUUGAGCUCUUCAGGUGGCUUUGUACAAUCGAUCUUCUUAGCAGCGAUGAGAAAGAGAUGUGAAGAGAUAUUGAAUUGGUCAACGGAGCUUAGUUUGAGGAACUAUCUGACGACAGAAGCAUGGCCUAAUGAUGAUUGAGUAUAACAACUCAAAGUUGCAGAAAGAUAGAAUCAUUCUGUCAUGGUAUUUGAAAUGGUUCAGCGUACCAUCUCCAACGACCAUCAAAGCAGCAGUGGAAAAAAUCAAAUCCAAAUCUAAAAACUCAACUUCGUUGAUACCUUUGUUACGGUUGCUGUUACCAAGCACGCAUAUCAGUGCGAUUAGUGAAAUUGAUAGGGUCUAUUUUUUUUUUUUAUAACUCAAAUGAAACAACUGGAUUAUUGUAAAAACAUGAUUUCGCCGUA